UCCACCGCAGACGAAGAAAGGACAAAGUGAGAAAGGAGACGUCCCUACUCUAUCGUUCCGUUAGAGUGACUCCACCCAACAAACCAACACAUAAGUGAGCGGUGCCAAUCUUUUUUCUGACAUGGCCAACCCUUUAAGGGGUGAGGUUAUCAGGCUAUACAAAAAUCUGCUGUAUCUUGGCCGUGACUACCCGCAGGGAGCAGCUUUUUUCAGAGAGCGACUGAAGUCAGCCUUCAUGAAGAAUAAAGAUGUUACAGAUCCUGAAAAGAUCAAAAAGCUUGUGGCCCGUGGAGACUUUGUCAUCAAGGAACUGGAGGCUCUUUAUUUCCUCAGGAAAUACCGAGCAAUGAAGAAGAGGUAUUAUGAACCUGAAAAAUAAUUACACACACAGACCGCUCCAAAAUAUCUUUAUGAAGUGAAAUACAGAUCGUGGGGACAGUGAGCCAACGUACAGUCAAAAAUAGUGUCAAAAAUAUUUAUUAGAUAACGCAACAGUGUUUUAUUUUCACACACAAACCUUUUUACACAUUACACCGCAAAAAUUGCUCCCAACAGUUGCCCUUAUAGAAAAAUCAACUAAACUUGCCUCACAAGGGAAAUGGAAAAUCCAUCUGUAAAAAGUGCCAGAAAAAGAAUGACAACGUGAUACCUGUUACAGAACGCACUUUGUAUUUUUUAUACGCAAGUUGUACCUUAAUGCCAGUGUUUAAAAUAUUUAAUACUGUACAUACGUUAAUAUCAUAGGUUUUCCUCUAGAACAAUUGUUAGGCCUGGUUUGCCCCUCUGGCAGAUUGUUUGUCUAGCCAGAAACAUUUCAUAAUGUCCAUCAAUUCAACAAUCCAUUUUGAAAGUGUUCAGAUCAUGAAUGUCGUCAGGGUUUAGUAGUUAAUACAGAUGCAGACGUCCACUUGGUGUCUAAUAAACUGCUGAAGCCUAUACUGUGUAUCAGACUGACUGAAUCAAAUUGUAACAAUGAAAUGUCACAGCUGUGGAAUAUAUUGUUAGUGUAUAUAUUUGUAAAUACAUGGUCACAUUUCUUGAAGAAUGAAUGUACAUGACUAUGUAUCAAUGCACUAUGUCCAGUGUUACAAUAAAUACAAUGAAAUCACAA